CCGAGAACAGGCACCAUUCAUCGUUUAGUGAACAAGAGAAGGUAUUCAGCACCUCGAUGGUUUCUCAGGUCAGACCGAUUUUGCCGAUGGGGAUUCCAACAGAAGAAGAUACAGUCAGCACUGGUUCUGAAUUAUCCUUGUCUUUGAGACGACUCGGUAACAAGCUGGCCCUCCUCAACCUGCAAUCGGAACGGCCCACCGCCGUUUACUCUUCCGAAGUCCAUUGUUCCCCUGCAUGUCAGGUUACGCACGUCGUCACUCACGAUGGUUCCAGCCUCACGAUGAUGGACUUUCCCUGCAACCACCCAUUGACUCCAGUGGACCAACUCCUUCACACUCCUUUGCAGCCUCCGCAGAUCACGCGCCUCGAAAACCGACAGGUCGCUCCAGAGAACGUUGACAGACGCUGGAACUGGCCGCUCAAUACCCAUAUAUCUGGCUCGUCUCUGGACUCAGACUCGUAUGCACCCCAUGCGCACACUGUAGAAUCUUUGCCGUCGAUCUCAUAUAAUCGUAACAAGCCUUCGUUCGAUAUGAAUUUCAUGGGCGAUUUUCACCCGGAGCGCGAGGACCAGCACCACGCUCAAAGGCUGUCCUACUCUCAUGCCUACAACACUUCCUCCUUGAAUGCUCAGGACUUGUUUUCACAAGGAUUUCUGCACGCUCAACUGACAUACUCCCGAUUUCCUCAUGACCCGUGCGCACAUGCGGAGGAAACACUUGCGACACCUCUCAUCAAACCGAUACCUCUAUAUCCCGCUGUGUAUGCGCAUUCAGAAGAUCACACACCGGAUCUGUCACCCGUCCUCGUUUUGUAACGCACCAGUAGUUUUUAUUUGUUUUCUCUGUCACCUUUUUAAGAUCACCCAGAUAUCAUGGCAUGACUCGUAAACAUUACAUCAGUACAUUAAUACCCGGCAAAUUUUUAUAUCGCACUCUUGUUGUAGUACUGUAUCGUCAUUCGGACAGCUUGUGGGCAUUAGUAAAUAGUAUGGACAUGUCGGCCCCCACUGGAG